CUGCUCUUCACUUUCCUUCAUUUUGCUCUCAUUCAUUCAUUCCAUCUUAGGCCGGCCUAAGUCAUUCGUUUAUUCCUUUUUCACGGCUUGUCAUUCAUUUCUCUAUUCAAUAUGCGUCUGCAAAGUAUCACUGCCAUCUUGGCUGCUGCUGCCACGGCUUCUGCUCAGAGUGUUUCGGGCAAGGCUUACGGUUUUGCUGCUGGUGUCACUGGUGGUGAGGGAGAGGCUGUUACGCCUUCUUCUGCCGAGGAACUUGCUACGCUUCUCGCUGAUGACACGCCUCGUGUUAUCUACCUCAACAAGGAGUUUGACUUUACUGGAGAUGUCAAGACUGGUGCUGGUUGUGAUCGCAAGAGCUGCAGUGCCAGCAAUGGUGGUCAGCUUUACCUCGGUGAUCUUUCUUGCGGCGGCGAUGACAAUGUCGCUGUUAGCUCCAUCGCCUACGACGCUGCUGGUCCUGAGCCCCUUCCCGUUGGCAGCAACAAGAGUAUCAUCGGUAACGGAAAGGCUGUUCUCAAGGGCAAGGGUCUGUCGAUUAAGAAGGGAUCCAAAAACGUUAUUGUCCAGGGCAUUGAGUUCACCGACAUCAACCCCGGUGUCGUAUGGGGUGGUGACGCUCUCGAGCUCAAGGGUCUCAACGAUGGUGUCUGGAUCGAUCACUGCAAGUUCUCCAAGGUCGGCCGCAUGUUUAUCGUCUCCCACUACGAUGGCUCCCGCCUCACCAUCUCCAACUCCGAAUUCGACGGUGUCACCGACACUUCCGCUUCUUGCAACGGCAACCACUACUGGACCAUGAUGUUUUACGGUGAGGGCGACCAGGUUACUCUUGACCGCAACCACUUCCACGAUGUUGCUGGCCGAGCUCCCAAGCUUGGUGAGCCUGGCACCAACGGUUACUUCCACGCUACCAACAACUACUUCCAGAACAUGAAGGGCCAUGCCUUUGAUGCCUACCAGGGAGCCAACGCCAUCAUCGAGGGCAACGUCUUUGAUGGUGUUGACACUCCUAUCACCAAGGAGGCUGCUUCCGUCAGCACUCUGUUCGUCGCUGAUGAGAGCAGCGCUUCUGCUUGUCAGUCCGCUCUUGGCCGUGCUUGCGAGCCCAACUCUGCUACCAGCAGCGGUGAUCUUCCCUCUCUGAAGGGUGAGAGCGGCCUUAACGCUGUCGCCAAGAACAAGGACAACAUCAUCACCCCCGUCUCUGCCAGCGAGGUCACUGCUCUUGUCCUUGGUAGCGUUGGACCAGCCAACGUUGGUUCCGGCUCCAACUCCGGAUCUGGCUCUGACUCCGCCCCAUCUCAAAGCCCCGAGUCUGGCAAUGAUGCUACCGAGACUGCUCCUGAGAGUACUCCUGAGGCUGUGAACGAGCAAGAGGAGACCGAGACUGAGCCUGUUGAGAACGCUGAGGUCAAGCCUGUCGCUUCCGAAGACUGCGAGGAGGAAACGGACGCUACCCCUUCCAAGACUGAGGAGAAACCCGUUGCUCCCGGCGACUGCGACGAUGAGAUUGAGGCUGCUGCUGAUAGCUCUUCCGAGACAGAGCAGAAGCCCGCUGCAUCCGCGACUCCCUCCAAGCAGACAUCCUCAUCUAGCGACGAGUGUGACGAGGAGCCCAAGGCUGAGGCGAAGCCCGCUGCCACCGGAGACUGUGACGAUGAGAUUGAAGCUGCUGCUGACACCACUGCAUCUGCGACUCCUUCCAAGCAGACAUCUUCUUCCAACGAUGAGUGUGACGAGGAGCCCAAGGCCGAGGCGAAGCCAGUUGCCACCGGAGAUUGUGAUGAGGGAGAGACCUCCGAGGCCGCCGCCGAGUCCUCCUCGUCCACUGGUUCCACUGCUCAGAUGUACGGUCAAUGCGGAGGCAAGAACUGGACUGGUGCUACCAUGUGCCCCUCUGGAACUUCUUGCAAGAAGAUGAACGAUUACUACUCGCAGUGCAUUGGCUCGAACAGCCGUGUUCGUCGCUAUGUCCAGUAA